AUGCAGGAGGCGAUCCCCUACAGAAGAAUCGCCACCAACGGCGGUGGCGGCGCCGCCGCCGCCGGUAGCAGGGUCAAAGGAAUGCGGAACCUGGUGUCGGAGACCCCGGUGGUCGUCCUGGGGCGGCGGGGCUGCUGCAUGUGCCACGUGGUGAAGCGGCUGCUGCUGGGGCUGGGAGUCAACCCGGCGGUGUGCGAGGUGGACGAUGACGGCGAGGAGGCCGCCGCCGUGGAGGAAAUGGCAGCGGCGGAGCCGCUAGGGGGGAGCCGCCCUCCGCCGCCGCAGUUUCCCGCCGUGUUUAUUGGGGGGAGGCACGUCGGCGGGAUCGACCGCCUCAUGGCCGCCCACAUCUCCGGCGAUCUCGUCCCCAUCCUCAAGGAUGCCGGCGCCCUGUGGCUGUGA